AUGCCAGACGAGCUCAGUGACAUUCUAACAGAUCUGAAAAUCAUAAUUAUAGGCAACUCAGGCGUGGGAAAGUCAUGAAAAAAUGAUGGUAAGCUUGUUAUGAAUCCUGGGAAAUGUCACUACAGUGCAGGCUUUGCCGAAGGAUCCAGCCUGCUCAUGCGCUUCGUAGAAGACAGAUUUGACGAGUCCAUACCUUCGACUAUAGGUAUCGAUUACAAAAUGAAGACAAUUACCGUUUAUGACCAGUCAGUGCGUUUGCAGUUAUGGGAUACUGCUGGACUUGAUCGUUAUCAGACAUUGACACCAAGCUACUAUCGAGGGGCGCAAGGAAUUAUUCUUGUGUACGACGUGACAGAUCGAGAUUCUUUCGAUCAGCUGAACAACUGGUUAGACGAAGCACAGAGGUACUGUGAAAAGAAGGAUUUCGUUGCGAUGCUUGUAGGCAACAAAGUAGACAUGGAAAAAAUGCAGUCCCAGGUAGUCAUCGUUCGAUUUGUUAUUUUUAUUUGUAGAAUUGACGAAACUUUGUACUUCGAUGAUAACGUUGAAGAAUUCGCUAAAGGAAUGGUCAAUAUUUGUAACAACAUAGAUUUAGUAAAGAAGACGUGA